AUGCAUAUACCAACGCAUGCUUACGAUGGCAAUAACUGUACAUUUAGCAUGAGCAGAAAGGGUUACGUAUGGAAACCGGACAACCACAAUCCAUUUAUGACGCUAAAAACACAGGGCGCCAUCCGUUGCUCCUCGUUCUGUUGCAACCUCUCCAACUGUUGCUCAUUCAAUUACCAUUCAGAUACCAGUGAAUGUGAGAUGAUGUCGGCCAGUGCCAUGCCAUCUGAUUUGGUUGUCAGUGAAUCUGGAACAUAUUACACGUCUAAUAGCAAAAUUAUUCAUGGCUCGUCUUGUGAAGGGGUAUCAACACCCACAAUCGGUUCUACUACAGGACCGAGAAGUGAAGCAACAUCCGAGGCAGUGUCAACACCGACAGUCGGUUCUACUGCAGGACCGAGUAGUGCAGCAACAACCAAGUGCAGCAACAACCAAGGUAGUGUCAACACCCACAGUCGGUUCGGACCGAGUAGUGCAGCAACAACCAAGGUAGUGUCAACACCCACAGUCGGUUCUACUGGAGGACCCAGCAGUGAAGCAACAUCCGAUAUAGUGUCAACACCAACAGUCGGUUCUACUACAGAACCCAGCAGUGAACCAACAUCCGAGGCAGUGUCAACACCGACAGUCAGUUCUACUGCAGGACCGAGUAGUGCAGCAACAACCAAGGUAGUGUCAACACCCACAGUCGGUUCUACUGCAGGACCCAGCAGUGAAGCAACAUCUGAGGUAGUGUCAACUAUUGUAGCAUCUAGCAGUGAGGCAACAACUGAGUCUGUGGAAACAGACUGCUUCACCAGCCCAUACUCAAAUACUGUGGAUAUCCCGCCAUAUUCAGGUUGUUAUGUUGGAGUAAGUACUGCCGCUGUGCCGGCGUCAUCGUUCAGCGCUUCAUCGGGGCAAAAUCUCGCUCACUUUGCCCGACUUGGUUGCCAGCAAUCUGCUGAUAUAGGAGGAUGGAUUGGGAACGCACGUGGAUGGUUACAGGUGGACCUGAUCACGCUUACAACUGUGUACGGUGUUAUAACGCAAGGUGGAGUCUGUGAUUCAGUUAACGAUUGCCCUAACAUUACGCAUGACGGCAGCAGUGGAGAUGUGUACUACACAUCUUAUAUUAAAGUAGGGUGGAAUGUUGACAUUGACUCUCAUGGCUGGUCCGCCUUUUUAAAUCCUUCAGACAACUCUGAGGUGUUUCCGGCUAACACUGACUGUGGAACACCAUUAUUGAAUUGGUUUUCAACUCACGAGAUUACUAGAUACCUACGGAUGUACAUCAAAUCGUUUGUAAAUAGUCCAGCUCUGCGGUUCGAGCUACUGAACUGCCCAAAAAAAAAUUGAAGCAGUAAAGAUUGAUGGCACCAAAUCUUAGUGACACCAAAUUCAAAGGCAAAGCGACACGUAGAAAUUCAUAUGUUUGGCCAUGUUAGUUCACGACAAUGACGGAACUUUUUGCUAUGCUUGUUAUAUUUUCGGUGUUUGUAUAUAUUUGUGUAUCUGUAUGUAUUAAAAUAGAUACACCCAAACAGAAUUUCCGUAUU